UUUCUCUAGGGUUUCAGUGGCAAUGGCGACGGCUUCAGCGCAGGGGCCAACGACGAAGAGGAAGCCAAUCUUCACCAAGGUCGAUCAGCUCAAGCCUGGAACCAAUGGCCACACGCUCACGCUUAAGGUUCUCAGCUCCAAGCCGGUGCCGCAGAAGAUCCGCCCCGCUACCUCCCAACUCCGCCAAACCCGCAUCGCCGAGUGCGUCGUCGGAGACGAGACCGGAACCAUCAUCUUCACCGCCCGGAACGACCAAGUUGAUUUAAUGAAGCCAGACGGCACUGUGAUUGUCCUAGCGCAAAAGAUCGACAUGUUCAAGGGAUCAAUGAGGUUGGCAGUCGACAAAUGGGGUCGUGUCGAGGUUACUGAACCUGCUACCUUUACAGUAAAAGAAGACAACAAUCUGUCUCUGGUGGAAUAUAGAGCUGGUUAAUGAUCGUCGAAGA